AGCACCCCAUUACCAACCUUACAAUUCAGGCUAAGAGUUUCAACCAACUUAGAGAGCUCUCCUCUCCAGACCUCUCCCUUCGCUCCACCAGGAGUCUAGGGUUAGAGAGAGAGAGAGAGAGCGAGACGAGCAAAAACAAUCUCUCGCCCCACUGUUAUACGAAGUUCGCAUCCAUCUCACUGUUAUACAUCUUUGUAUCACAAUGGGUGGCCUAUCCAUGGAGCACCCUUGGGCAUUCGCCUUCGGCCUACUAGGCAACGUCAUCUCUUUCUCGAGCCUCCUGGCCCCCAUACCAACAUUCUACCGGAUCUUCAAGAGCAAAUCCACGGAGGGGUUCCAGUCGGUGCCAUACGUCGUGGCCCUGUUCAGCGCGAUGUUGUGGAUCUUCUACGCGCUGGUCAAGACCGGUGAGGGCCUCCUCAUCAGCAUCAAUGCUGCCGGCUGCGUCAUCGAGACCGUCUACAUCGUCAUGUACCUCGUCUAUGCCGACAGGAAGGCCAAGAUUUUCACAGCCAAGAUCGUCGUCCUCCUCAACAUCGCCGGCUUCGGGCUCAUCUUCCUCCUCACCCUCUUCGCCUUCCAUGGCGAGACACGCGUCGUCUCGCUCGGCUGGAUCUGCGUCGGCUUCUCCGUCUGCGUCUUCGUUGCCCCACUCAGCAUCAUCGGACGAGUCAUCAAGACCAAGAGUGUGGAGUACAUGCCCUUCACGCUCUCCCUCACGCUCACCCUCAGCGCAAUCGUCUGGUUCCUCUACGGCCUGCUCAUCAAGGACAAAUACGUCGCGCUCCCAAACAUCCUUGGCUUCACCUUCGGGGUGAUCCAGAUGGUCCUCUACGUGUUCUACAUGAACAAGACGCCGGUGGCAAGCCAGGUCAAGGAGGGGAAAGAGGCAUGGAAGGCGCCCGCAGAGGACCACGUCGUCGUGAUCAACGUCGGCAAGGCCGACAAGAGCUCGUGCGCCGAGGUGCGCCCGGUCACCGAGAUGGCCGGCGCCGUCGACGUCCCCAGGAGAUGCGCUGCUGAGGCGGCGGCGGCGCCCGGGGUGGACUUUGCCCGUUCCGUCAACGUGGUCUAGAUUCACGCACGCAUGCAGGCAUGCAUGGCUCAUGCAUAAGCCGUGCAACCAUUAAUAUUCGUACAACUUUAUUUUCUUUUCCAAGAAAAAAUAAUAUUCGCACCACGGUCUGCAGGUGCCUGUACCUAUUGUAUGUAUGUAAAACAAACUACGUAUGAUGAUUCGGUAUGA